AUGGAAGUUCCACCUGGGUUUGCCAAUAAAAGGGGGAGUCACACAAUUGCCCAAUUCAUCACUUCACUAAAUGAACAGUUUAAAUUGAAGGAUUUGGGGACAUUGAAGUACUUUCUUGGUUUGGAGGUAGCAAGAUCAGCCAAAGGCAUUUCCUUGUCUCAAAGGAAGUAUGCAUUGGAGAUAUUGGAAGAUUCAGGUUUGCUUGCUGCUAAACCUUCCAAAUUUCCUAUAGGGCAAAAUAUUAAAUUCACUAAAAGUGAUGAUAGUCUUUUGGAGGAUCCAACCAUUUAUAGACGUCUUAUUGGCAGACUCAUCUAUCUCACCAUAACAAGACAUGAUUUGGCUUAUGCUGUUCAGAAUCUUAGUCAAUUUAUGGAUCAACGGAGGCAACCCCAUUUAGAAGCUGCUCACAGGGUUCUAAGGUAUCUCAAGAAUUCCCCUGGUCAUGGAAUUUUCUUUCCUUCCUCCUCAGAUUUUCAGAUUAAAGUCUUUUGUGAUGCUGAUUGGGCAAGGUGCUUGGAUACUAGGAGGUAUAUUACUGGUUUCUAUGUUUUCCUUGGAGAUGCUCUAAUUUCAUGGAAAUCCAAGAAGCAGCAAACCAUUUCUCGCUCUUUUGCUAAGUCUGAGUACCAGUCUAUGGCUUCUACAUGUUGUGAAUUAACUUGGUUGCUUGCUUUGCUUAAAGACUUACAGAUUGUUCAUCCUCAGCUAGCUCUCUUGUUUUGUGACAACAAGGCUACUCUUCAUAUUGCUGCAAAUCCAGUGUAUCAUGAAAAAACCAAACAUAUCGAAAUAGAUUGUCAUCUAGUUCAUGAGAAAAUUCGACUUGGUCUCAUUCACACCCUGCAUGUUCCUACUCAUUCACAACUUGCAGAUAUUUUUACCAAACCACUUGGUUAUGUACAGUUUCAUGCACUCUUUUCGAAGAUGAAUAUUCUCGACAUAUUCAUCUUGAGGGGGAGUAACAGCAGCUCAAAUUGA